UAGAUAUUCACAGCAGCCACACCACUAUAUAAACCCACCAUCCCCACGGAACCCUAGCGUCACUCCAAAGCGAAGUAACAGAGAUCGAAACCAAAGAUUCGAAAACUAGAAAUGGCGAACCCCAAGGUUUUCUUCGAUAUGGAGGUCGGCGGCGCCCCGGCCGGAAGGAUCGUGAUGGAGCUUUUCGCCGACAUCACGCCACGCACGGCGGAGAAUUUCCGCGCACUGUGCACUGGCGAGAAGGGCGUCGGGAAGAGGGGAAAGCCCCUGCACUUCAAGGGGUCGUCCUUCCACAGGGUGAUUCCGGACUUCAUGUGCCAGGGCGGCGACUUUACCAACGGCAACGGCACCGGCGGCGAGUCGAUCUACGGCGAGAAGUUCGCCGAUGAAAACUUCAACAAGAAGCACACCGGUCCGGGCGUGCUGUCCAUGGCGAACGCCGGGCCCAACACCAACGGCUCGCAGUUCUUCAUCUGCACCGUGAAGACCUCUUGGCUGGACGGGAAGCACGUGGUGUUCGGGCAGGUCGUGGAGGGGUUGGACGUGGUGAAGGCCAUAGAGAAGGUCGGAUCCAGCUCCGGACGGACUUCGAAGCCCGUGAAGGUCGCUGAUUGCGGUCAGCUGUCUUGAAAUUGAUCUGGAAUCUGUCUAUGAUUCCGUCUCUGUUUUGAGAUUUAUGCAGAAAUUAAUCGAUCUUGAUAUGUGUUUAGGGUUUGUUUGGGGGAUGGGGUGUGUUUUGCGUCGAAUGUGGUGGAUCUUGUCGUUUUAGGCGGUUCUGGCGUCGUUUUUAUGUGUUGAAAUGAGCUGCCUUAAUAAGAUAGGCUUUGACUGCGUUAA